AUGACUUCUCUCUGGACGUUUCUCCAGCGCCACCAAGCGGAUUCCAUCGAUGAUCUUUCUUCCCACGCUCUCGGAAACCAGGAUUCCUUCGAUCCGCACUCACCCAACCUACCGGCGGUGACCGCGAGUCACAGCUGCGAUACCGUCGAAAACGAAUACGACGAUAACAACAACCACCAUCACAAACGUACACAACCAACCUUGAUUCAGAUACCUCUCCGUCACGCGCCCUCGACUCCCGAAGGAUUGCGUUCACGUCCAUCCGUGUCGCUCUUGCGCCAGGAACUCGCUAUUCCGUCCAAUCUUUCCUGGAGUCCGGUUGCAAACAAGGAACACCGUCCUUCCGUUCUACCCCCCAUGCCCAGCAAUUCAUGGUCCACGCAAGGAUCGUUGCACUCACCACCCGUCAGCAACAGUUCCUUUUAUGCCGGAGACGGGAUCGCGCAGUCACCCAACCUACGUCCCGGACGAGCCCGAACCGCCGUGGGGGCUUUGGUAGUGGCUCUCCAAAACGUUCCACCACAAAGGUCCCACCCAUCGACCUGUAGUUUACCGUCCUUGCCCAGUCGAGAUCUGGAUGAGUACGAACCAAACGACGUUUCCGAAGAUUCCGAAGAAGCCUUCCCGUACACGCCGUUCGGCCACACACCGACACGUCACAAUCCCACCCUCCGACGGUCAUCAAGUCCCGUAUCCCACGAUACCAGUAUCGUCGCGUCACCUUCCUCGUUGACCCGUCCGUAUUCAUUGAUCCCAGCACCGCGGAUUGUGCUUCCGCCAAAUAAUGACAGUCCCACGUCUUCACGGAUGAGUCUCAUGCCCAACGAUCCCCACGAACAACCCUACGAUUUUGAACCGUUAGAAUCCUCCAGUCGCGUCGUGUACGCCUGUGAUCAGACACAAGUCUCGGCUUUGGAACAAGAAUCGCUUCAGGAUCGGGCUCUGGUCGUCGAGGACGAUGCGGCUCAGGACGAAACAAACCUAGCUCUGUACAAUCAAAGAAAUCAGCGGCUUUACCAGCAACACCUACUCGUCGCCUGUAUUGAACGAUUGCAAGAUCAGCUGCACCUUGUGGCGCAUAUCGAAACCAUCAACGAAGCGGGUUUGCAGGAAGUAGUAAAAACAUCCAUGGACGAAGAAGGAAUACUCCAAGGAUUCUCCGAACUUGACCGUCACAACAUUGUGGCGAAUCUAAAUGCCCUACUCAUUGAAAUGGACGUGGCGCAACAGGAAGAAUUCUUUAUGAGUCCUACGCAAGUGCCCAUGGUGGCCGAACCGCACAACGUCCUCCGCGACGCCAUUCUACUCUGCCGCACCCUGGUGGAAGUGGCCACUCCGGCCGAAGAACGGUGCGCGCAUAAUCAAUCCCACACACCCGUGGAGCAACAAGGACGUUGGAAGAUCAUUCCUGGCCUGGCCAUUGCCAUGGGGGCCAAUGUUCUGCCGGAGACUCCUCCACCGCGUGGGGGAGAUACGUCUGUCUUUUCUCUGCCCGAAUCGGAACGCACGCCAAUGACGUCGAACGUCAGUACGACUAGUACCAUCACGUCCCAUCCGCAGCCAGAUGUACACCUUGGUCCAGCACUUUGGCAGAGUGGGGCCAAUGGUCUGCAAAUUCGACGAACGAUUCAGGUUUUGUCAUCGGCGUUUCAGACGUUGAGCAAAAGCUGCCGCACGUUGACGGCAAUCAAUCCGAGUGCCCACGACCUUGCUCGUGCCGCCCAUAGCAUCAAGCAAGUGUAUUCGAAACAACUCGCGCGGAUGGAUACUGAAGAUCUCAAGCAUUUGAUUGAUGCUUUCGAGUUGGACAUUCCGCCAUUUCGUAUCGCGCGUCAAGUCUCGCGCGACCAAAGUGAGGACGGAUUACCGGCGCUUCCUCCGCUUUUCACCUCGCGUACGGUCGCGGAAGAAUUCCGCCUCGCAUCCGCACCCCAAGCGUCCCGUAUGGAACGAUUCCACGGGCCUCGUCAAGACGACCGUGAGUCCUUGUUUUCACCCAACACGGACGAUAUGCGCACGUGGACUCUGGAAUCCGAAGGAGAAUACGACGACGACGAAGACUCCUUGUUGUUGUACGACGAUUUGCGUCGUCAAGACGGCAGCAACGAGUACAACGAUCAACCGGAACCACGCGAUGCCGCCCCGAUGUCGGCCCUAAUCGAGCCCACGCAUUCGCAAACCGCGGCGAAUUUCGGUCCGUGCUGUUCCCUGGACGAAGAUGACGUCUGUACGUAA